AUGGGUGCAGAUGAAGCUGUUAUCAUAACCUCUCAGCCUACCGGUGAUCAUGACCUACAAGAACAGAAACCAACCCUUUCCGACCGUAUACUCAAUGGCACGCGCGUUUGGGCUUCAAGAUUCUUCCCUUGGUCCGCAGAAAACGGCGAGGUCCACUUACAAGAUGUCGCCAAGGCACGAUAUGUCCCGUGGCUGGGUCUCAGCGCCAUGAUGCUUUCUGGAAUGACAAUCCUGUUUUCCUGGAUUGUGCUCCAGGUCGUCGACGGCCACCUGCAGAAGGAGGAAUCAUACUUGAAGCCUGCAUCAUGGCUGUCCGCCAUUCUCUCUGCCAACAGCGUUUUCCUCCACAUUGCACUUACAGAGGGGGUAACCAUGGCUUGGUGGUUCAUGGCGUCUCGCAAGAGUGCAACUGUUCGGGAUAUUCACGAUACAUGGACCAUGGGCCAGAGCCUCUCCGCCGUUCUACUUGCAGGGAAAAGAUUCAACUACGUUGCGCUAGCGACUCUUUUUGUGGCAUCCAUUCCCCUCAACGGCUUUUUGCUGCAGAACGCCAUUACCAUCGUACCUAGUUUUCGCAACACCACUCACAUACCAAUCAAUGUCGGCAUAGUGAACGAAUGGCCAGCCGGAUUCUCCGCGUACCUAUCAGACGGGUCUUUCAGCCGCUAUAAUGAUGUGUUUGGUGAUGCGAUGCAGCUGAUUGAUGGUGACACGGGCACUUACUGGGACGACACAUAUUUGAACAAGGCGAAAGAUCCCGACUCGGGGCUGUGCGGAGUCUUGGAUGCUUCCGGCACCUGUACUGGCAGGGUCGUCGCCCCUGGCUUCUGGCCCAACUGCACGACUUCAUAUGUGCCGUACAACAUGGACCCGAAAGACUAUCCCAACCAGACCCUCACCCGUAGGAUCUUCUCCACUAGCAUCGAUUGGGAUGUCGAGACACCCAAUGUCUUCACUUUCUCCAGCGUCCUCAAAUAUCUCCCUGAUUGUGACGGCCAGUAUCUUGUGCGCAACUGCACUUUUCAGGCAGCACGGAUUUCGUAUCCGUUCGCACUAUUUCCUACCGAUCGGCUGGGAGACCAUUCCAUCCUCAAAAAGACCAAAAACGAAAGUGUUGACGGCUUGAACGUCAUCAGCCUCAAUGUCGACACCACGUACGACAAUGACACGUUUGUAUCCUAUCUGGACUCAGCGCGUGACAUUGACUCCGGGUCUAGCACAUUCGGCGGUGUGGCGCAUUACCUACAGAGCGUGUUCAACGCCGAAAUGGAGUGGACCUGGAACGGAAGCAUCUGGAGUAUCAAUGCGACUGGAAGGCAAGCUGAGACCGCCGUACUGAACACGGCCACGGGCAUGGACGACCCAAACAUCGGCGACUACGGCCCUACUUCGCUUUCGGACCCCAACUUCUGCUACAACACCCUCUACUACUCGUACAUACAGGACAACAAUCACACUGUCAUCGAGGACGAAAUGCGCGACCGGCUCAGGAAUCUCAUGUUCAUGGCUAGCGUCCUUCAGUACGAAUACGAGUGGCUCCAGACUCCGAUUGACGUCUGGCCCCCCUAUCAGACAGUGCUUGGUCAACGCACCGCGCCGGUGCUGCGGUACAAGGUGCUUUAUCGUUGGUGGGCAGGCUCAUUGGCAGUAACUACUGUCAUCAUCCUGAUGAUCACGCCCACAUUCUGGGGCUUCUGGCGUCUGAGGGGCAAAGUGACGUUGAAUCCUGUCGACACGGCGGCAGCUCUUGACGCCCCCUUGGUUCAUACGGACAAGGACGUGGUCGACCCACGAUCACGGCUGAAGGAGAUUGGUGCGAGGCCACUCUACUCUGCCGGUCGAAGUGGGUCGGGAAGUACCAGUUUGGCGACAUUCUAUUGA